AUGUAUCUUUCACAAGUAUUAGUUUGCUACUUUUUGUUAAUCCUUUUCAUUCUGCGUGUUAAUAUUGAAUGUCAUGAAACCAUUGCAACAGUUGGUGGAAGUAUUGGAAACUCUUUCCAUUCCUUUGAUUUUCCCUUGAAAGCUGGUUAUGGAGGAAUACAUGUGGUGAAAACACAUGCCAAUGCUGAACCUAUUAUUUUCGUGUCUGAUGUGAGUUUGUGUACUGUCAGAAGAAUUCAAGGCAAUUACAGUGAAGUGAUUGCUGGCACUGGAAUAUGUGGACGAGAUGUUGACAGUCCAGAUGACUCAUUAGCUAUUGAAACUAGAUUGAUUAGACCACAAGGACUCUAUUUUAAUGCAUCAACCAAUUGUCUUUACAUCUUGGAUGAGUUUUGCAUCAGAGUUUUGGACUUGACAUCUGGUUAUAUUUCAAAGUUGACUUUGACAUAUAAAACCAAAGAUGAAACGUAUGGUUUGGGAGUCCAAAUGACAAAGUUUAAUGCAGAUUAUUAUAUUGCUGAUGCAUAUGCCAAUUUCAUUUGGAAAUUAGAAUUGACACAAGUAAGAGAUGUUGCAAUUUGCUCAAUUGUAAUGGGAAAUAAUAAGGUUGUUAAUAUUGACCAUUGUUUAGGAAAUAUUCCAACAGAUUGUAAGCUAAAUGAUCCAAGAGGUGUCACUUUUUCUCCUAAUGGGUUAAUGACAGUGGCAGAUACUGGAAAUAGAAGAAUAUUACAAAUAGAUAUGAAUGGUUAUGUAAAGAAACUGUCAAUUAAUGGUGCACCAGUUAAUAUGAGACCAACUCAAGUGGAAUAUAUUGAAAAUAACAUGUUAAUUGCCAACGAUGACAGUUAUUUGUUAAUGUAUACUGAACCUUAUCCUGUUAAGAGAUUACAUUCAAGCAAGAAUGGAGUGAGUUUCUUUUCUCUGAUUUGCAAUGAGAAUUGUCAAGUGUAUUAUCUUACUGACUGUAGAAAACCCUACACAGAAAUUGCACUAUUAUCUGUUCAUGGAACCAGCUCAGUUACACAAGAUCAGGUUAUUGCUGGUCAUCUUCCUUACCAAUUACAACCAAAAAUGGAAGCAACAAGUUAUUAUUUGGAAGAGGUUGGUGCCAUAUGGUUCUCUAAUGAUUAUGAAGUAUACUUUCCAGCAUUUUCUUCAGUAGUAUUGAAGGUUAAUCUUACUUCUGGAUUGAUGAAUAUUGUUGCUGGAGUUUUCAAGCAGCUAGGGUACACUCAUGACCACAUCCCAGCUAAUCAAAGUUUGUUAUCAAAUCCCAGUUCUGUAAUUGUGUUGAAAGGAGGAGAGAUUAUCAUUGCUGACACCAAUAAUAAUAGAAUUAGAAUGGUUGACAGAAAUGGAAUUAUCACCACCCUAGUAGGUACAGGAAUUGUAGAAACAAUUAUUAAGCAAGGGUUUGGUGGAGAUGGUGGACCAGCUUCUCAUUGUUUGUUGAAUAGACCUAUGGGUUUAGCUCUACCGCCUAAAUGCAUGGAAGGCGAGUUUCUAUUUGAUAUUGCAGAUACAUGGAAUAAUAGAGUUAGAAGAGUUUACAAUGACUUUACAAUUCAAACAAUUAUCCAAGCACCAAAUCAAGUACAAUUUUUGCCACAACAAUUGAUUUAUGGACCAUCUUGCGAUUUGUACAUUGCUUGCACUCUUGAAAAUCAAAUUUUCAAGUACUCUUCUAGUGAGGGUUUUGUUUUAAUUGCAGGAAAUGGAAAAGUUGGAUAUACUGGAGAUUAUGGACCAGCAAUUUAUGCACGACUUAAUAAUCCAAAGGCAAUAGCAGUCAACAAAUUUGGUGAAGUUUAUAUUGCAGAUUCGUUUAAUAAGGUUGUAAGGAAAAUAUUUAGUAAUGAAACAAUUGUAACACUCAUUGGAAAUGAUGAGAUGAUGGGUGAACUCUCAGGAGUGGCAAUUACAUCCAAUGGUAAUCUUAUUUACUCAGAUUCAUCAAGAUUGAGAAUUUUGUCAAAUGGAAAUCCUGGAACUUGUAUUGACAGAUUAAGGGAAACUUGUCAUUUUCAUGGUGAUUGUAUUCGAGGUGUUUGUGAAUGUGACAGUGGAUGGCAAGGAGAUUCAAUGUGUGGCACCUUUUCUUGUGAAAGAAACUGCUCUGGUCAUGGCACUUGCAUUUCGAAUAGUACUUGUUCUUGUGAAUCAGGUUGGAGAGGAACCAGCACUUGUUCUGCCAUUUCAUGUGAUGGCCUCCAUAAUUGCAGUGGUCACGGAAUGUGUUCCUCCAAUAACUCAUGCACAUGUGACCCAGGUUGGAAUGGUUCUUUAAAUUGUUCUAUAUUUUCAUGUGAUGGCUUAUUUGCAAAUUGCAGUAAUCAUGGAAUUUGUGUUCUCAACAAUACUUGUGCUUGUGAAAAUGGUUUUUCAGGAGCUCAAUGUGGAACACCUUACGCUGCAAUUGUUGGAGCUGUGAGUGGUGGAGUUGUGUUGUGCAUCCUGUUAGUUAUUUGUGUUGUCUUGUUGGUCAUUGGAAUUUUAAGAUACAGGAGGAAGAAAUCAUACCAUAGCAUUCCUGAAAUCAAUUAG